GGGGGGCAGCAGCGGCGGCAGCAGGGAAGAAGACUGGCAGCGUGGGCGCAUCGCUGGGCAUUUUCACUCGCCUGCAGGAGUGUGGCCCGCGAUUCACGCUCAAGCUUAUGAGUGUGCAGCGGGGCACGUUUGACUCCAAGGGAGGGGAAUACGAGUGGGUGUAUAAGAACGACAUGGACACAAGCAGGAGAAGGUUCUUCCUGUAA